CUAGCAAGAAGAGCAGAGCCAUGCCAGGUGCCUAUGACAUGUCUGGGAUGAGGAGGGACCUCCUUCGACAGGAUUCAGUCAAAAUGACCGCUGGCCUUGACAACACACUGUUCCACUACUUGCACUUGGACAGCAUGGAGGGGGUGUAUGUGUGCCCAACUGGAGCAGAGGUCAGUGACCUAGAGGGCAGUGCCCUUCACACACAGCUAGUACAGAACUUCCACGCAUGUUGCCUCAUCAUCAGGAAGGUCUUUGAGAAGGCAGUCAAGGCAAAGGAGAGAGAAACCAAGGGUAUCAAGAGCCGUCUGGGUGAGGACACUUCCUUGAUAGAUGUCAAAGAACAUGGUGUGCUGUUCAGGUGUUCUCCAGAGAGUCGUACUGACAAGAAAAAAGAGGCACCGUCAUUAACAUACUGGGUUGUAGGGCGUCUCUUCUUCGAUCCUUACCCCAGAGAAGUUUACGUCUGCUUUCAAGAUUCAGCACAACAAAAUUUGGUAGAACUGGCUUUCAAGUUAAGUUUUGGAAUGUGUGUUUAGGUUGUCUGCGGGGAGAACAGAGGAUUCUUGAGCAAAAUAACCCAAUCACAUGAAAACCUGUUUAUAUUCCCCACAUUGUCAUUCUAUGAAAAGAAAAGAGUGGAGAUUAGAGUUGACACUAAGUACGGCCAUCAAGACCAGAUUUGAGAAAUUCAGUCAUCUGGUUUUGACAGGAUAUAGAUGUUUCUCAUGUUAUGGAGAAAAAAAAAUGUGUACAGCGCUAUGAGUUGUAUCAGUUGAGACCUGGACAAACAACUUGAGAGCGAUGUAAACAUCGUUGCCAACUUGCCAUAGUGAUCAUGAAAAGGGACCAAGAAACUUUAGCACAAGUAGAUUUAAUUAAGAAGCAGAGUGGGCCAUUGGUUUUAUAUACUCAUGUAUAUCAUAUAUAUAUUUAUGUAUAUCGUUCUAUAAAUCCCAACUCACUCAUACACCAUAAAAGCAAUACUCUUUCCAUCAGCUGCUGUGUCACAAGGACCAUCACAAGUGUCUUGAUACACUUUGGAGAGUAGACUCUGGAGCCGUAAUUGUACUUAAAACGGCAUCCGUCAUUAUGCAUAUCAUCGUACACCAGUAUUUCAAGAGAAGUGCAGGAGUUUUGUAUUUGUUUUAAUUGUAGGUCUGUUUUUUCCUGAGUACAAUUUUUUUUUGUAAGAAGGAGAGUGUGGGUGAUGGAUUUAAAACCUAUUUCAGUCACUUCAUUUGUCAUUACUUAACAGGAUUUUUAUACACCAACAAUCUGGUGUCCCAGUUACAUGACAGUAAUUGUUAUGACUGAAACCUUAAAAGGGGACUACUAUGUUUUUGUUAACCGAUACUUGUUCAGUAAAAUUUCACUUUCACAACUUUGUAGGAAUCUCACUCCAGUUAAUUGUAACUUCUGUUACGAAUCUCACUCCAGUUAGUUGUAAGUAGAUUUUCUUGUUUUCAUGUUUGCAGUUACAAUAUAAGUAUGUAACUGUCCUUGUCUGACAUAGACACCCCGUUAAUCAUUGAAUAAGAUGUCACCAUUACUGGGAACAAAUUAUUGCCAAUCAUUUCAGAAUCACAUAAAUCAUGGUUAAUCUUGUCUUAAUAUAUGGAUUGGGCCACUUUUACACUUGAGUCAAAAAUAUCGUGAAAUAAAAUCAAUGUUAUUUUUAUAUAUACUAUAUGUUUAAACUAAAGAAAAGUAUUAUUAUUAUUAUUUAUU